AGGAGCUAAUGGAGUGAGCGGCUGACCGUCUGGCCGGCUGGCUGGUCGACAGGUCGGCAGGUCGGCAGGCGGAGGGCGGCGGUGGCCGUCUGACCGUCUGGCCGGCUGGCUGGUCGGCAGGUCGGUAUUCGGCAGGUCGGCAGGCGGUGGUUGGUGGUCGGCUGGCUGGUGGUCGGCGGUCGAUGGUCGACAGGUCGGCAGGUCGACAGGCCUGUGGCCGGCGGUCGGUGGUCGGCAGGGCGGUGGGUGUGGGCCGACACUGGGUGUUUUGUUUGGAACUCUCCAUCCGCUGCCAGACGGCUGAUUCACCCGCCGUGCUGCUCGUCGGAGCCGACGCUACCGACGGAGAGAGAGUCGAGCCGCGUCGGACAGAGAGGGCGGGGAGAGUCGGACUGCUGCUGAGCGAGAGUGAGGAGUGGACGGACUGUGGACUCAGAGGACGGACAAUACUACAAGUAACAAGAUGAACGCGUCGGCCGCGUACACGACGGCAUGCCGGGCCCCUCAGCAGCAAAACAUCAAACACGUCAUACCGGUACACGAGGCGGCAGCACAGGCGUACCAAAACGACCAGCAGCUGGCGCAGCGUGUACCGGUCCGGGCGCGCGGUGACCUCAAGUGGCCUCCGGCACCCUACCGGAAACAGCCGGGUGACGACCUGCCCGCGCCGCGCACAGAGACCCCUCGGCUACCCAAAAAGGACUAUACACAGUUUUUCGCGCAGAACCGUCUUCCGGAGACCCACUGCGGAUACCGCGUGGCGCCGGGAGUCUGCCACAUCACACCGGAGGAGGGGCGGUACCUGCCCAACGACACCACCUCCUUCUGAUCGGCAACACCACCUCCUUCUGAUCGGCAACACCAGCCGGCGGCGACAUCCAUCUUAUCAGCGGCGAAACCAGGGGAGGCUUCCUGAUCAGCGACGAAACUGUCGCGACAUCUAUAACGGUGUGGCGGAUGCAGCAGCGACAUCUGUAACGGUAUGGCGAAUGCAGCAACGACAUCUAUAACGAUGCAGUUGCAGCGACAUCUAUGAUGGCGCCAUGGAUGCAGCAGUGACAUCUAUAUUGAUGUGGUUACUGCAGCAGCAAAAGGUGGCUGUAAAAGCGACAUCUAUGAAAGCGUGGUGGCUGCAUCAGCGACAUUUGUGACGACGCGGUGGCCGCGGCUGUGACAAAUGCUGCGCAGGGAUGAACGUAACGCAAACAAGCUCCCUAUUUCGUUAUAGUGUUUAUUGCAGUGUGCUUCUGCUUCUUAUCGGCGGAAAACGACGGAAUUUGUAUGUAUGAACUCAUGUGGCCUGACGGAUAAUGCUAAGAGGGGAGGCCAGUCCGUUAUAGCGUUGUGCAAUCCCACCGCUAUUCAUCGAUGAAACUAAAACGGACGUGAUUUUCGCGGCCCUCUAACUCGUUGCCGGGCGCCACAUAUGCAUGUCUCGAAGAUAUUUAGGCGACAAUCAAAAUAUAACCUCAGCUGGUGAUGUAGUCCCUAUCCAUUGGCCGCCGGAUCACUUUGCCCAGUUAUUGUGCUACGUUUUGUCUUCGUCAGUUUGGCAGAAGAUGAAAUAUUGCUUCUUUGGUUAUCCGGAGAGAGAACAUCAUGCAGCAAACAUGCCUUCAUUGCCCUUCAGCUCGUUAGGAGCAACCAGGUAUGUUGAGGUGCUCUGAUGACGAUAGUGUGCCAACUGCCAACUCGUCUAGCCGCGUAAAAGUGAAUUUGAGUCGUUUAGCUAGUAGAGUACUUUUAGCGAAAGAAUAAGAAGAGUCCAUGAGCAGGAUUUUGGCGAUUUCCAACGCGCGAUGCCGUGCUGAGUCCUGGCUGCUUUCCGGCCCAACUAUCGAGCUUUGUGUAGCGUACUGUGGCCACUCCCAGACGGUUUGAAAUACAAACUAACUUGGUG